AUGACAAAUAAGCCACAGCAGGAUCCUCGCCAAAUGCUGCACCCGCUAGAUGCAUGGCGCAAGUCUCUCGCUGUUAAGAUGCAUGUGGAUGGGAGCAUUGGAGCCGACGUGUGCUAUUUGACUAUGCAAGCCGUGAGCUACAGAUAUGAGUGCGUCUUGUGUCGUUUGAUACGACGCUGCUGGCAGCAGACCCAACAUGCGGACUGGAGUGAGUGGGCCAAACAGCGGCUUCGGUCCGCUAUUCUGGAACUGGAUACAAUUACCAAGAGGGUGCUGGCGAGUGGCACUCUCCAGGACUUUCCCAUAUCUUUGUAUUAUAAAGAGCGCGAAAAAUGGAGGGCUAAUGAUGGACUUGCCAGUGUAACGACAAUAAUUGCUUUACUUGCUCUACACAUCGAAUCGGCCCUCGAUCCAACCGAGACAGAUCUCGUCCGCUCUAUGGCCCAUAUCUCUAUCAGCCAGACAAUGCUUGUUCUCACACAGGGAAAGGAAAUUCCAGCCCUGAAACGAGCCCUGCCAUUAUUCGAGGAGAUUCUUGCCAAAAAGAAUUUAUACUUGGUUCCGCCCAACAGCGUCGGUCAAGUAAAAGAUAAAAGUAUGGUGGAUGAAGAUGCUUCGCUGUAUUCACAGGCAGAGCAGUACGAGAAUAAUCCGUUGCUCUAUGAUGAUUUCCUAGGAUUUGAUUUACUAGACGAGUGGCAGAUUGGGCAAAUGGAUUUUAUUGGUUAA